AUGGCCCUUUGCUUGCGUUAUGUCAAUAAUAAAGGGAAGAUAAAUGAGAGGUUUCUUGGAAUUGUACAUGUUAAGGAUACUACUGCUUUGUCACUAAAGAGUGCAAUUGAGUCUUUGCUUAUGGAAUAUUCAUUGAGUUUGUCUAGAGUUCGUGGACAAGGUUAUGACGGUGCUAGUAAUAUGAGGGGGGAGAUAAAUGGUCUCAAGACUUUGAUCAUGAAUGAAACAAAACAAGCCUAUUAUAUUCAUUGUUUUGCUCACCAACUUCAAUUAACCCUUGUUGCUGUUGCUAAGGAUAAUGAUGAUUGUAUUUGGUUGUUUGAUCAACUUGCUAUUUUGUUGAAUAUUAUUGGUGUUUCUUGUAAGCGAAGGGAAAUGAUAAGAGAAAUACAAUCUCAACAUAUUCUACAAGCAUUAGAACUAGGAGAAAUUGAAAGUGGGCAAGGUUUAAACCAAGAACAUGGCUUAGGUAGGCCUGGUGAUACUAGGUGGGGAUCACAUUACAAAACUGUUUCAAAUGUUACCGCAUUGUAUGCUACUAUUGUUAAAGUUCUUGAGAAGAUUGGAUCAAAUAAGAUUAAUAAGGAUGAUCGCGUGAAGGCUAUCACUGUCAUGUCUACAUUUGAAUCAUUUGAAUUUGUAUUUAUGAUACACUUGAUGUCCGAAAUAUUUGGGAUUACUGAUAAAUUGUGUCGAGCUCUGCAAAAGGGGGACCAAGAUAUUGUUAAUGCCAUGACAUAUGUUAAAUUGACUAAGGAGGGAUUACAACAAAUGAGGGACCAUGGGUUGGAAGACUUUUUACAUCUUGUGGUUUGUUUUUGUGUUAAACAUGAUGUAGAAGUUCCUACUAUGGAUGAUAUGUAUGUUCCUCGUGGAAGGUCAAGACGCUUCUUUGCCAAAGUUUCAAAUCUUCAUCGAUUUCGGGUAGAAAUAUUUAUAAGUGUCAUUGAUUUACAACUCCAAGAGCUCAAUAGUAGAUUUGAUGAAGAAAAUAUGGAGUUACUUAUUUGUGUGUCAUGCUUAAACCCGAUCAAUUCAUUUGCGGCAUUUGAUAUGCAAAAGUUGUUGAGACUUGCUGAGUUAUAUCCCAAAGAGUUUCCAACUAAUGAUAUGACGAUGACUGCACUUCGUCAUGAGCUUCAAUUUUAUAUUAAUGAUGUGCGCCAAGAUGCAAGGUUUGGAGACUUGAAGGGUAUUCAUGAGCUUUCUAUGAUGCUUGUUGAAACAAAUAAGCAUACUACUUACAACUUAGUUUACUUGCUUAUAAGACUAGCAUUGAUCCUUCCGGUUGCAACUGCAAGCGUGGAACGAGUGUUUUCCUCAAUGACAUACGUAAAAAAUAAGUUGCGAAAUAGUAUGGGUGAUCAACUAUUGAAUGAUAAUUUAGUCACUUUUCUUGAAAGAGAUUUAUUUUCAAGAGUUAGUGAUGAUGAUGUAUUGGAACGCUUCCAAAGUAUGAAGACUCGAAGAAUGCUUCUGUAG